AUGGGGGAGGAGGCAACGUUCACACCCCCGGGGGAGGAGGAAGCAACGUUCACACCCCCGGGGGAGGAGGAGGCAACGUUCACACCCCCGGGGGAGGAGGCAACGUUCACACCCCCGGGGGAGGAGGAGGCAACGUUCACACCCCCGGGGGAAAAGGAGGCAACGUUCACACCCCCGGGGGAGGAGGAAGCAACGUUCACACCCCCGGGGGAGGAGGAGGCAACGUUCACACCCUCAGGGAAGGAGGAGGCAACGUUCACACCCCCGGGGGAGGAGGAGGCAACGUUCACACCCCCGGGGGAGGAGGCAACGUUCACACCCCCGGGGGAGGAGGAGGUGACAGUCGUCACCACUGGGGACUUUAGAUUUAAACCUGUUAACGAAGUGGGAGGGAAACAGGGUCAAUUGGGUGAACUUUAG